UAAGAGAAGUCAGAUGGCGUUGCUGUCAAGUUUUAAUUCACAUAUGUGAACGUAGUUUGUUUACACGUUUUCGUUACUGUGGUCAAUUCUGGGGAUUUUGUGACAGGGACUUGCAUUCAUUGGAACCAGCCUAAAGAAAAUAUGACUACCGUACCACCUGUCAAACCACCGCGAGGAAUCAAACCGACCAAGGAAACGAGCGGUUUAUUGAUCUCUGUCAUCCGCGCUCUGUCAGCAAGUGAAACAAAUGAGCAACGUGAGAUCGAAAAAGCUAAAUUGGAAAAAGAAUACAAACGAAGCGAUCAGCGAUUGGAAGAAUUGGUUUCCGCUCAUGAUCAGGAUCUUAUGGAAGUUAUGCGGAUAUUCAGUGAACUGUCCGAAAAGGUGACAUCGUCGCGAGAAAAAAUUCACGCGGUAAAAGAGAAUCUGAAUGCUUGCAAACAAUUAUUAAGAUGUAAACGAGAAGAACUGUUGAAUUUGUGGCUGGAAGGAAUAGAACAUAAACAAGUUUUGCAUCUUCUGAAGGAUGUGUCUUCGUCUUCGUGCGGGCGUAUAUUACCUUUAACAGUACCUGAGUCAUCGCCAUCAAUUCACGAGCUUUCAGAGCAAUAAAAGUUUUAUAUAUCACCAUACUUUGUAUAUAUUGUUAUAUGUAUAAAAUAAAUUAUUGAGUCAAGUAACUUGCCAAGUUCUAGAUUUACGUGUGAGAGGUUGUAUUGUUUUUUGUGCAAAAUAAAAAACAAAUUUUUUAUUCUA